AUUUUGACACCGUCCCUUACCGCAUAACACGUGUUCUUUGCCCCGUUGUUACUAUUUUUUAUGAUUAUGUUGCGCACAGCCCGGAGAGGCUUCAUUGAAGUUAAUUCUAGUUUUAUAAGUGUACUGCGACGCAACAUGUCUUCCUCCCAGUCCACACACACCGGGCGGCCGGUGACUUUACUGGGAACGAUGGCGUUCGGCGGGCGGGCUGAUGCGGACACGAGCGCUAAAAUGGUGCGAGCGUACCUGGAGCGCGGUCACGCAGAUUUGGACACGGCUUUAAUGUAUACAGGUGGGAAGUCAGAGGCUAUUAUCGGGGAAAUGGGACUCCCCAAAACAGUGAGAAUCGCCACCAAAGCCAACCCGUGGGAGGGGAAAACCCUGAAAGCGGAGAGCGUGCGCUCCCAGUUGGACACCUCCCUGCAGAGGCUGCGCACCCAGUGCGUGGAUGUCUUCUACCUGCACGCCCCCGACCACGAGAACCCAGUGGAGGACACGCUGCGCGCUUGCAACCAGCUGCACCAGGAGGGCAAGUACAAGGAGCUCGGCCUUUCUAACUACGCAUCGUGGGAGGUGGCCGAAAUCUGCUGCAUCUGCCAAAACAACAGCUGGGUCCUUCCUACGGUGUAUCAGGGCAUGUACAACGGCACUACUCGUCAAGUAGAGACUGAACUCUUUCCCUGCCUGAGACAUUAUGGAAUUCGUUUCUAUGCCUACAACCCCCUUGCAGGGGGACUCCUGACAGGGAAGUACAAUCACCAGGACAAGGAUGAGGUUCAGCCUGAAGGCCGCUUCUUUGGGAACAGCUGGGCGAAAGCUUACAGGGACAGGUACUGGAAGGAGAGUCACUUCCAAGCCAUAGGAAUUGUCCAGAAGGCCCUGCAGGACGUGUAUGGGUCUGAGAAGCCCACCAUGACAUCGGCUGCCAUGAGGUGGAUGUAUCAUCAUUCCAAGCUUCAGGGGGAGGCUGGUGAUGGCGUCAUCAUCGGCAUGUCCAGCAUGGAGCAGCUGCAGGAGAACCUGUCCGCUGCAGAUGAAGGUCCCCUGGAACCAGGGGUGGUGGAGGCCUUCCAACAGGCUUGGCACUUGGUUGCUCAUGACUGUCCCAACUACUUCCGCUAGAGCCCCAAUCCCGCUAAGCCCUGACCGCACUCUUCGGCCUUAACUACACCAAACAAAGUUUCUGAGAAAGUAAAAUUUGAAACUCUUUUGUUCA